AAAAGAUAUGAGUAAACAGCGCAAGACUCAAUUGGAAGAAUUGCAGGAAAAAGAGAGUAGCUUUGGUAGAGUAUUCAAAGUGGCAGGUCCAUGUAAAUAGUGUUCUUAAAUUUAAUAGUGGUGGUGGCAGAGAAAAUGGCAGGAGCCAAGAUGUUUGAGUUAGUGAAGGUAGGUUGGGAUAAGUUAGUUGGUGAAAUCAUUAAGUUGGAAGGUGAUAAUGCGUCUAUUCAAUGCUAUGAAGAUACAUGUACUUAAAGCUUAAUUAUUAAUGAUUAGCUGGUUUGACAGUCGGUGAUCCUGUUAUGAGAACAAAGUCUCCACUUUCAGUUGAAUUGGGACCAGGUAGAUUUCCUAAAUAUUUUAGGUAUUUUGACUUAAAUUUUUGACGGAAUUUAAAGACCUUUAUAAGUGAUUGCUGAACAAUCGGCUUCCAUUUUCGUACCAAGAGGAGUUGAUAUUCCAGCAUUAGAUUAAGAUAGAGUUUGGGAUUUCAAACCUUUACCUACAAUAAAAGUAGGCUCUAUGAUCAGCGGAGGGGAUAUCUAUGGAUCAGUCUUUGAAAACAAUCUUUUUGAUGAGCACAAAAUAUUAACAGCACCAAAAGUUUAAGGAAGAGUCACUUACAUUGCACCUGAAGGCAAUUACACAUUAAAAGACAAAGUUUUAGAAGUAGAAUUGGAUGGCAAGAGACACUAAUAUGGAAUGAGUCAUUUCUGGCCUGUUAGAUAACCUAGACCAAUCAUUGAGAAAUUAUAGGGUAACACUCCACUCCUUACAGGAUAAAGAGUUCUUGAUGCACUCUAUCCUUCAGUAUUGGGAGGUACCUGUUGUAUUCCAGGGGCAUUUGGAUGUGGCAAAACUUGUAUUUCUUAAGCGCUUUCCAAAUAUUCAAAUUCUGAAUGUAUCAUCUACGUUGGAUGUGGAGAAAGAGGAAAUGAAAUGGCUGAAGUGCUCAGUGAAUUCCCUGAAUUGACUAUUCAAAUGAAAGGUAAGGAGGAGAAUAUUAUGUAACGUACAUGUCUUGUUGCUAAUACAUCUAAUAUGCCAGUGGCUGCAAGAGAAGCUUCUAUUUAUACAGGAAUUACUUUAGCUGAAUAUUUUAGAGAUAUGGGUUUCAAUGUAUCUAUGAUGGCUGACUCUACUUCAAGAUGGGCAGAAGCCUUAAGAGAAAUCUCUGGUAGAUUGGCAGAAAUGCCUGCAGAUUAAGGUUAUCCAGCUUAUUUGGCCUCCAAAUUGGCUCAAUUUUAUGAAAGAGCAGGAAGAGUUAGAUGCAGAGGUUCUCCUGAUAGAGAAGGAUCAAUCACUAUUGUCGGAGCUGUCUCACCUCCAGGAGGAGUAUAAAUUUAUAUCAAGUUUAGGAUUUUACUGAUCCUGUUACUACUGCUACACUCACUAUUGUUCAAGUCUUUUGGGGAUUAGAUAAAAAACUAGCUUAGAGAAAACAUUUCCCAUCUGUAAAUUGGACCAUUUCCAAUUCCAAUUAUGAAAAAAUUCUAGAACCAUAUUUUAAUGCCUUUGAUCCUGAAUUCUCACAUUUGAGAGUUAUGUUCAAGCAAAUCUUGCAUGAAGAAUCUGAAUUAAAUGAAAUUGUUUAGUUGGUCGGUAGAGAUUCUCUCUCUGAAGAUCAAAAAUUAUCUUUGGAAGUAUAUUAUCUCUCCAAUAUAGAUUGCCAAAAUUAUUAGAGAAGAUUUCUUAUAAUAGGAUGCCUUUAGCAAAUACGAUUAUAAUUGUCCACUUUAUAAAACUAUUGGUAUGAUGAGAUGCAUUGUCUCAUUCUUUGAAUGCGGUAAAAAGGCUAUUCUUGAAUCAUCUGGUGAUGCCAAAAUAACUUGGAAUAUCAUUCUGAAUCAAACUAAACCUUAAUUUGUCAAAUUAUCAUAAAUGAAAUUUGAAGUAUCUUUAUUUUUAUUAUCUUAAGGAUCCUAAAUAACCAAAAUAAGAACUUAUGAAUUAUUUCACUAAAUUUGUAGAUGAGAUCAAAUCAGCAUUUAGAAACUUAACAGACAAAUGAGUAUCAUUAAAAAUUACAUAAAUAAUUAUUUUUAUAGCUAAC